GCAUCCCUAUCCCAGACUAUUGCACACCAAUCCUCGCUAUUGAGGUGCUUGCCCUCGUAAUGGCUGAGGCCGAGGGUGGGUGAAAUCCCGGCCUGCUUGGAUACGGAUGAGCCUAACUCUGCUUGUAUGAGCUCUGUUUAUGGGUUGUUCGAGGUAGAGAUGGCUUUGGAAGCCUGCGCCAGUCCAGGUGCAUUCAAUGACACGGCUGUUGCUACCUCUUAUUUGAGGCAAUUCUGGAGCGACGUUUCUACCCUCUUCGACGCAACCCCUGUUGAAGGAUCACCCACCGGUUACAGCUUCGAUUGUGAAGCCACCACCACGGAUGAUACCGGUACCGCAGCUGCCACCUCGUCAGCAGCUGCCAUGACAACCUGAGUACUUGAGGGAUGAGAGAAGUCACAGUCUCUGAAGCUGCCAUUGCGAGUGUAGUAAGUGUCGUACGCCGUAUCCUUAAGGUAGCGUGAUGCGUGUUUUGAAUUAUGCUUUGAUUCAUUUGCUUCUCCACCUCCAAACAACUCGCCGUACCAUGCUUGAUGAUUCCUCUGCAUCACCGCUUAGGGAUCAACUCCAUUGCAAGAUUCAUUCGGAAUCGCAAUUGGCCAUGGUGGUUAUCUUCGUUACACCCACGCCAUUCCCCAUUCGGAACGCUUCCUCACACUCAAAGCACUCGGCGACCGUGACGUCGUUUUCAAGACCCGAACUUGAAAGCCUGAAGGUUAAGCAGAAAAUGACCAGCACAAACACCACCUUCACAACCGUGAACCGCCGCUACCUCCGCAUCUCCUCCCACUCCCUCCUCGAAUCCCGCCUCUACAUCGACUACCCAGACCUCCCAUGGUUCAACGCCGAUCCAUCCCUCAUACACCGUGUUCUCAAAUCAAUCAAACCGCUGAUAUGGACCAAACUGAAAGAAGAAGCUGGACAGAAGGGAAAGGGGGGGAAGAGGGGUGGAGCACGGGAUGUUGUGCGGACGAAGGAGUUUGUUGCGAGUGUGUUUUUGGUGGGGGUACAGACGAGGCAUGAGGUGUUGAGGAGGAGGAGGGUGUUUGGAUUUCGUUCUUCUGCCACCACCACUACUAAAUCGAAUCCGGUCGAUUUGACUACGACAUCGGAGGGCGUGGAAGGCGAAGGCGAAGGGGCGGGGGUGAUGGAUCCCGAGCCGAAUUUUCUGCACGAGGAUGAGGAGGAGGACGAAGACACCAAGAAACCGACCCUCAAGACAUACUACGAAGGAUUCCCUAUCUACGGGAAAUGUCUCUGUGUCAUCAUUUCUCGUCCCUCCACCGACUCUGCAUCGAACUCCCGACCAACCUCUGCCUCGAAGGGAAAGACGGGGACGAAAGGGAAGGGCAAGGAGAGGAGGGGAGGGAUGGCGAAUGUUGCGGAGUGGAUUAGGAUGAGCCAAGCUGUUGAUGCGGGUGGGGAUGUAGAGGAGAUGGAGGAGAUCGAAGAUGGGGAUCCCGAGGAAGUUGCGGAGGGGAGUUGAGCGUGAUUCGGAGAAUUUGGACAUAAAAAGAAUCCCCUUUAUGGUAGGCUGCAACGGUGCGAGGAAUGUGACGAGGGGUUCACCUCCGUCCUCUCCGACCAAGUGCGGGGCUACCUACGUACGCAGGCCCAGCUACAGUCCUCGGGCACUCAGACGGGCGAGCGUGUUCCUCGAUACGUAUGUGUUCGACUCAUCCCGAUCAAGACCAUUGAGAUGGAAGCUGCCCUCCUCCUCCUCCGCGGACGUCAUCCUAAGCUAUAAGGCCGAGCGGUUGCACCGGUGGAGUUUUCUUGGUGCGCCUCACUCGACUACGUCAUCACCCAAUCGCAGCUGGACGGCCGACAAGCAGGGUCCUGCCAAAGAGAAUCUCUUCAAAUUGAAAAGACAUUCUUAACUCACUUCAUUCCGCUUCCCUCUCAACUUUGGCGCAUGACGUAAUCGGUCUUGUUUGCUGGGUGCUGACGUCAAUCUAACAAGCCCAGCCACCCCAAAAAUCUCG